AUGUGGCUGGGGAAAUCUUGGUUGGACAACUAUGUACUAAGCACAGCUAUACGCAAAUAUCUAAAGGCAACUGGGAACGGAGAAACUGGCCAACCCUCUAUGUACACACAAAUCUCUAAAGGCAACUGGGAACGGGGAAACGGGCCAACCACUCGUGCAGUUAAGUCGGGCAGGUGGCUAGGGAAAUAUUGGUUGGACAACUGUGUACUAAGCAUAGGCACACGCAAAUAUCUAAAGGAAAUUGGGAACGGGGAAACUGGCCAACCACCUAUGCAUUCAAAUCGGGCAGGUAGCUGGGGAAAUCUUGAUUGGAAAACUGUGUACUAA